AUGGGUAGAACGGAAGAAAACUCGGCUUGGACCGACUCAGUCGUGUCAACUCGAAAGAACUCAGAGGAGUGGAAGCCACUAUCACGAAACUCUGCUCUCCCUGGUCGUUUGAGCGUCAAGCUGGACACUCGACAUGCCAGCGUUGACCAUGGCCGACACAGUUACAGCAGGUCCAUCACCCCGGCCGUUGAAAAGGGACACGACCCAUUCCGCGACAGCGACGAAGACGAGAUAGACGAGCAGAAAAAGCACCACCACGACAUGUUCGACCCGAACCGACCCAAGAUGGCUCUGAAGGAUAGACUACACCACUUCACAUUCGCGUGGUUUACGGCCAGUAUGUCCUUGGGGGGGCUGUCUUUGCUUAUUUUUGCUCAACCACAUCAAUUCCCAGGUCUGAGAGAGAUAGGGUUGGCAGUUUAUAUCAUAAAUAUCUUGUUGGUCGUUGCUAUUUGCUCUGCAAUGAUGCUUCGCUUCUUCUUCAACCCGGGCGAUAUGGCAAAGUCCAUUACCCAUGAACGAGAGGGAUUCUUCUUUCCAACAUUCUUUCUAACUAUUGCAACUCUCAUCACCAGUACCCAGCGAUAUGCCAUACCUGAUAACGACGAGACGUUGGCGUGGGCUAUCCAAGUGGCGUACUGGGGAUAUGUUGUCUUGACUGUUUUGCUUGCUGUUGGCCAAUACAGCUACGUCUUUGCUGCGCAUAACUUUGGUCUACAGACUAUGAUGCCGACCUGGAUCUUGCCUAUUUUUCCGAUUAUGUUGUCUGGCACAAUUGCCUCGGUCAUUGCCGACACACAGCCCGAGAUCGCAGCCAUUCCCAUUAUUGUGGGGGGCCUCACGUGCCAGGGACUUGGAUUAUCCGUCGCCGUCCUGAUGUAUGCACAUAUGAUCGGUCGUCUUAUGUCCGCAGGCCUACCCAAUCGAGAGCAUAGACCGGGACUAUACAUGUGUGUUGGCCCCCCGUCGUUCACGGCUCUGGCCUUGAUCGGUAUGGCCAAUGGACUGCCUGAAAACAUUGAACCUGGCAUGGACGGUAUCAAGAUCGAUCCUGGUAUGAUUCGCGCCAUGGCUCUCAUAGCAGGAAUCUUCCUUUGGGCUCUUGCGGCUUGGUGGUGGGGGAUUGCUACCAUGGCUGUCAUCCAGUCUCCUCCUGUCUAUUUCCAUCUUGGUUUCUACGCCAUGGUCUUCCCUAAUACUGGUUGGAUUCUCGCUACGAUUUCUAUCGGUAAUGCAUUGGGCAGUGAGCACGUCAAGUGGAUGGGGACAGGUAUGAGUAUUGUGCUGGUCAUUACAUACUUCUACGUUGUCUACAGACACAUCAAAGCUUUUAUAAAGCAAGAUAUCAUGUAUACAGGAAGGGAUGAGGAUUUCAACGAUCAUUGA